AUGCCUGUCCUGCUGUCAACGCAGUUGGAACUUGCCGUUGCCACUGUUGCGCAAUGCCUAGAUUCAUUGCAAGUUGACUAUGCUUUCAUGGGAGGCGCGGCUGUAUGCCUUACGGCACCCGAUAACAGCCGACGUACAGAGGAGGUUGAUCUAGUAAUUCACGUUGAUCAGCGAUCUAUCACCGCAGAUCUACUCACGCAGAGCUUACUAAACUCUUUUCCAUCUGACUUUAGCCCGGUCAGCCAGUUCGGCCACGUCAUUCCCGCAUACAGACUUCGUUUGCCUGAUGGCGCCAUACAGCUAGUGGAGGUUGAGGUAUUUGAUUACGCCAGUUGGCCAAAUAGGCCGCAGUAG